CAGACCAGACGCUCAUUGGCUGUUAGUGAGCACACCUGCUGCUGAUUGGCCUGUAAACGCCUACAAACAUGUUUGUGAACACGAGCGGGUCUUCGCUGUUUUUGUGCUGCUAACAACAACCAAAGAAAGAGUAAACAUGGCAGGAGAGAAAUGCGCGUUUGAGCAAACUUUUUCUUUUAGUCCUCUUCCCUCCAAGAAGUUCUCCUUCCUACAGGACAAAGACACUUUAGCACUAUUAAUGAAAUGGUCCAUGCUCCGGAGGGUUUCAGCUCAGUCUUACAGCUUUGACCAGAGCUUUUACCCUUACAACAGUGACAAGUUUGCACUGUGUUUCUUCAGAGAUCCUGAUGUGGUAACCAGCCUGUCCAGACAGAUGAAGGCUGGAGCCUGGGUGCCUCUUGACAAGCAGGUCGUGUCUGUAGAUGUGGAGCCUGUACCGUGCACUAAGGUCUCCAUGGAGUUGUUUGACCCAAUCUACUCCUGUGGGAUCGUGAGGCCCUCUGGACAUGUAGUUAAAUGCUAUCAUGAUGUCUACCCCGACUAUGAUGAACUCAGACAGAUGUUGCAGGAAGAGGACUCUGAGCACUACUACGUGGUUGGGCGAGAGGAGCGAGGAGAGUUUCUGUUUCGCCUCUUCAAACACCUGUGUUUCGGAGGAGCGCUCUGUCAGUACGAAGACACCAUUGAUCCUUACAUCAGCACCACAAAGCACAUCUACAAAGACCUGAUCAGUGUUCAGAAGGAUCCAGAGACUAAGAAGAUCAGUGUUGUCUCCACAGUCCUCAAAGUCUGUGCCUAUGAUGAAUCUGGGCGGUGUUUCCCCGGACGACGAGAGGAGGAACAGACGUUUGCCUAUUUGAUUGUCGACCCCUUCAAACGACACGUCACUUUGUUCUGCCACUGCUAUGGUGUGGGAAACUUCAUAUUGUGACAGCGAAGAAGUGGAUCUUGUCCUGUAGAACUUUUUAGACUGCUGUAUGUACAAACACAGGUGCUCAAAUUAGGAGCCAUACAGCUCUCCUCCUUUACUGUUGUGAGAAAUUUGAUUAAAAUCAUUCAAAUAAAGAGCACACCAGGAA